AUGGCCCACGUCCCUCGCUGGAACUCUCCUCCCCCUGUCUACGCCGCCCCUACGAGCCAAACCUUUGGCACGACACUGCGCCCAUAUCUUCAACUUCCGCAUCUCCUUUCUCUGACCUGGCUCGCUUACCCCAUCCUCUCUCUGGUCUUCGUGGUCUUCCGGCUUCUGCUGUCUUCCGCCUCUGUCCAAGAUGCAGUCACUAAUGCUAAGAGCGAGCUGCUCACGAGCUGCAAGGCGGCGGAACGCGCUGCGACUGGCGCAGCAAGCAUGCCUCGGUACAUGGCGGCGGCGACCAACCAGCAGAUUACCGACGCUGUGAACGGCACCAUGAACGCAGCCCGCGCCACGAUGGUGCUCGCGCUCACGAUCAUGGAAGCCAUCAUCAAUUUCAUUAUCGACACUUACCGUUCUACCUUCCUGUGCUUCCUCGAGCUGGUCGUUCGCGGUGGUCUGUCUAUCCUCAUUGGCGCGGUGGACGAGUUGAACUCCUUCGUGACUAGCACCUUGAACGGCAUCCGCACCAACAUUCAAAACGAUGUUGGCGCGGCGAACUCUGCCAUUCAGAGCGCGAUCGGGGCUAUCAACAAGAUCAACCCGUUUGGGGAUAUCUCAGUGCCGCAGUUCAGCAUCCCGAGCCUUACCGCGUUGCAGAACGUUACCCUACCCACCGACUUCGAGGACUCGCUCAAGAAGCUGAACAGCUCGCUUCCCAGCCUCUCGGACUUGAAGGACAAAGUUGAUUCGCUCGUUGAUACGCCCUUCGAGCUCCUGAAGAAGGACAUCAAUGAUACCUUCACCGGACUGUCCUUCGAGGUUAACGCGCUUCCCGUCCCGUCGCAGAACACGGUCACUUUCUGCGACCAAAUGGACACCUCCGUCGUAGACGACCUCGGGCGCGACCUCGUGAAGGCGGUCAAGAUCGGUAUUGUGAUCAUGAUCGUCCUCAUCCUCGUUCUCAUCGCGGCCAACUGCGCACUCGAAUGGUACAAGUGGCGCUCCAUGAAGAAGCACUUCCAGCGGACCCGCGAGGCCUGGAUGACGGACCCCGCCGUGCACCACGUCACCUACGUCAAGUCCAGCGCGCCGGUAGUGGACAUGAGCGACCACAACCUCAUGUGUCUACAGGCGACGUCCACCCACCCGCUGCUUAUGCGGCUCGCGAACAAGCUCUCAUCGUGGCUCCGCCUCAGCCCGUCGCAGUACAUCCACCUCCAGUGGUUCUUCCACUACGUCUUUCACCCUCCCGCGCUCGCAUGCUUCCUCAUCGGCUUCUUCGGGCUGCUAUCUGUCGAGCUUCAGCUGCUUGCCAUUGGCCCGCUUGCUGCGAAGUACUCCCAGCAGGCGAACCAAUCUGUCUCCGACUUCUCGAGCCUCAUCGCUACCUCGAUCAACGCAAGCAUGUACAACCAGUCCGCGGCGUACGCUAGCUCGGUCAAUGUGCGCGUCGACCACGUGCAGUCCACGAUCAAUGACGGGCUCUUCGGAUGGGUCAACGGCACAACGACGACGCUGAAUGACACGAUCAGCGGCUUCUACUCCGACAUCCAGGACGCAGUCGGGAGUGUGUUCAACGGCACGAUCCUCGAGAGCCCUGUGCAGGAGUUCAUCCGUUGCUUCAUCGGCUCCAAGGUCGACGCCGUCGAGAAGGCGCUCACCUUCCUACACGACAACCUGCACGUCGAUGUCCCGCGUCUCAACGACUCCGUGCUGGUGCUCUCGCAGGCAGACGUGAACGAGGCGACGCAGCCGAUCGCUCAAGCUGCGCUCGGCGGAGGCAACGACGACAGCCAGGGCCUCCUCGAGCGCGUGCUCUCCGCAUACGUCAAGUCGCUGGAGAAGGAGCGCCUCAUGUUCGGGAUCUUCAUGGGCCUCUGGGGUUUCGUCGUGCUGAUGGCCCUGGCGAUUAUCUUCUGGCACUCGUACGGCCGCGACAUGCUCGAGGCGCGUCGCCGCCGUCGGUGGCAGCGUGAGCAGCGGGGUGAUAUCGCGCCUCGUACUGGGGACGCUGGCGAGAAGGGAGCCGCGCUGGAUGUUGAGAAGACGCAGGGAAGUCUGCCAUCGUUUACGCCGAUGCCCUCGCCACGUGCGGGCCUCUUCAACUCCGUGCGGCUCUCUCUCCGCGGGACCGGGCAGCAGGCGCAGGACUCACAUCUGCAGGCACCGCACCCACUCAGCAUCCGCAGGCCUGCUUUCGAGAAGAGCUGGGAUAGCUUCCUAGACCAGGCCAACACGGCGACUACUCCUCAGGCGGAGCCUGCACCCAAGGUCAGCGGGCCGCGCAAGCUCAUGGCGCUCGGUCGCAAGGCGAUGGGUCGAGAAGUGCUGGUGGCCGACGCUGAGCACGACUCUACCUCUGCUUCGGAAGUCUCUGCCGACGCCCAGACCAUGCAGUUGGAACCCUGGUACAAGCGUAUGGUCGGCAUGGCGUGGCGGAAGGAUGGGCAGGGUCCCGCCGCUCCGGAGAAGGAGAGCCGUGGACGCAGGCGCAGGCGUCCAAACUUGUCCAUCUCGACCGACCAUUCCUCCCUGCGCCAAGACGGGCUGCCGAUCAUCGAGCGUACUUCUCCGAGCGAUCUUGCCGGUCCGUCUUCUGCUUGGUCGAUGUCUCCUCUUGACGCGAGCACGCUCCCUUGGGUGGGUGCCGUAAAGCCCACUCAACCGCCCGCGCUGCCUCCCCGCCGCGCCGCGAGUGUACCCCUGGAUGUGAACACCGAGUACGACACCCCGACCGCCAAUGUCCACGCGCCACAGGCAGCCAUGCCUGUUCCCCUCCACCAUGGCUUCGAGUUCCCCGCCCCAACACCCGUACACAACUCUCACCACCUCUUGCCUCUCCCGGUCCGCCCGACGCGCAAGCCCGCGAAGAUCGACCCGGACACCUCGACGCCCGUGACACGGCUCCUGACCACGAACCACGCACGACAGUCCUCCCAGGCGGUGGACCCGUUCGUGACGCCCUUUGACGACGAGCACCGCGUGCACGAUGCGGACGUGGUCAGCCCGACGAACCCGUUCGAGACCCCCGUCGCGGCCACGUACAACGCUGCACGGCAGAGCAACCCAUUCAUCGCCACGGCGCUGUAAUGCUGACGUCGACUCUCUCAUGACCCAUUGGACUUUCUCUCCGUUUCUCUCUUGCACUGUCUUGGAUUGUAUCCGAACGCUCUCGUAUCCACCAGCUGUAGCAUCUAGCUCUCUCACUCUCGCUGUACUGUACGUUAUCUCCUGCGACGCGCCCCGCGCGCUGAGCAGAGUACAUAAUCUUGAUCAUUCGUUUGGUAUCCCCUGGAGGUCGUCUAUAGUGCUACGUAAUGUAUUUUUACUGUUGCUGAGCGAUGUUCGCCCGGCGCAUAUCGCCCUGCGGAUGUCUCAAGUGUAUCUACGGAAACGUAAUGGAGCUCAAGACUUUCUCGUCC